CGACGCUAUGACGAGCCCACGAAGAAGUCAACUGAUGACGUCACCACUGAACCAGGAAGUGCCAACGACAGUAAUCUAACCAAAACAAAUUAAGGCGAGACCUCAGCUAAAUAAUAUUUGUAAUUUUAUUACCGAGAAACCAACACGUCUCGACAUGGAUGAAACACUUUUCCAAUUAAAGUUUACCUCCAAGCAACUGGAGAGACUGGCCAAAAAGGCAGAGAAAGAAUCUGAGAAGGAGCAGGCCAAAGUUAAGAAGGCUCUCCAACAGAAAAAUGUGGAAGUUGCUCGAGUGUAUGCAGAGAAUGCAAUCAGGAAAAAGAAUGAAGGUCUGAACUGGCUGCGUAUGGCGUCUCGCGUCGAUGCGGUGGCUUCGAAAGUGCAGACGGCCGUCACCAUGAAAUCAGUGACUAAAAACAUGAGCCAGGUGACCAAGGCCCUGGACAAAGCUCUCCACUCUAUGGACCUCCAAAAGGUCUCUGUUGUCAUGGAUAAGUUUGAAAGCCAAGUCCAGAACCUGGAUGUCCACACCUCGGUGAUGGAGGACUCCAUGAGCUCAGCAAUGACACUAACCACGCCGCAGGAACAGGUGGAUGACUUGAUCCACCAAAUAGCAGAGCAGAACGGUCUGGAGGUGAUGGACCAGCUGGACAAGUUGCCCGCAGGAGCCACCUCGGUGGGUGCAGAGAGUUCCCGCGCCCAGGAGAAGGAAGACCAGCUUUCUAGACGGUUGGCAGCCCUGCGGAACUGAGAGGCAACAAACAAAGCCAGCCUCUGGUGGUGGGAGAACUUUCUGUAUUUGUGCUCGACCAUUACACACACACACACACACACACACACACACGGUAACCUGAGUUUACCUAUAAAACUCAGGUGUAUCCUCCUCUUUUGUUUCUGUAUGUCAUUUAACCCUCCAUAAUGUUCCUUCUUUCUAUUUUAUACAAUAAGUUGUGUGCUCUCAACAUCCAAACUGUUUUUUCAACUCCUUUACAGCGUAGGUGUCCAAAGCGUGUAAAUGCACUUAAUGAACUGAGCAUGUCAAGGCUGGAAAGGUUUUUCAACGGGUGGAAAGAUGCUCUCCAGCCUUCCCUCAAUAAUACACUUACGUGGUCAGCGAUAACCCAAACUAACACGUUUGUUGCAGAGGUCAAUAAAAAGGUGUUAGCCAGGAAAUAGUUCGCAUGUCCACAGGUGUUGCAUUUGGACACCACCCACUGGAGUUCCUGCAUGUAAAACUUGAUGAUGAAGGACAUGUUAUUAAUAUUGACGCUGCACAAUCCUCGCUUAGUACACUCAGUUUUUUUACCAAAUUUACGCCUUCAUCCAUACUCGAAAUGCCUAUGAUUGGGCGACGCUCGCUCUUCUCCUGACAGUGCCUGAAGGAAAAGUGAUGAUGCUAAAACACACGCGAUGAUGCUAUGUGCUUCUUUCGGACAAAUUCCUUAUUCAAAGCUUGUUGUCUGACAUCCCACAGGUUCAGCUUUUAUUUUGUAGAUGUGUAUAGAGCAGGCCUGGGCAAUUAUUUUGACUCUGGGGCCAAAUUUAGAGGGGAAAAAAAUGUGUCUGGGGGCCAGUAUAUCGGAUUUUUAGGAACACUUAUACAAAACCUCACUAAUGUCUGGUUGAAUGUUAAAAACAUUAUGACCGCCUGAAAAAACGGAAUGGAAUUUUGCAUAUGUUUUGCUGGAUGAGACACCCGGAAUGUACAUGAAAAUAAAGAACGUGGGAUUUACAAUAUUAGCUACGACCGAUAAAACACUGAAUAUUGACAACAUGAACGUCACACACCCUCUCGAUCGACAUAUUUUACAAUCAAGCAAAAUGGAACAAAAAUGCAACAUACACAGCGAAAUAUGAACGCCAAGGGUAAAAAAAUAAACCUACCUACAAUCUGAUAUAUCUGAUAUAUCACUAAGCUUUAGAAGUUUGUUGUAAAAAUCUCCUUUUUUACAACAUUUCAGGCUGACACUGUUGAAACGCUCCACUCCCACAGUGCUUGGUGCCUCAUCUGAGCUGCUGUGACUUAGAUUACCAUAAUAACUAAUGAAAUUACCAUAGUAACUAAUGAAAUUACCAUAAUAACUAAUUACAUUACCAUAGCAACUAGUAUAUCAUGCAAAAGCCCAGUUUCCAAACAUUGAAAUACUUUAUAUAGUUCAAAACUUACAGCCAUUAGAAAACAUCAUAAUGGCAGCUACACUUUGCAUCUUUAAAGAUCUGAAAAAAUUAUUAGGGGAUGUCUGGUGGGCCAGAUUGAAAAGCUUAAUGGGUUGAAUGUGGCCCCCAGGCCUUAACUUGCCCAGGUCUGGUAUAGAACCUAAAUGCUGUCUUUAAGAGCAGCAUAUAUUGAAAGACAUCAAAAGGGUUUACAACACGCACAUUUUUCUUGUUGUUUGAACUACUGAGUCGUUAUUUUUCUGUCACAUUUAAAAAGCUUCUUUUCCUUCUCUGGGGAAGCCAGGCCUUGACUUUCUUGUGCUUCAUUCAAAGCAAAGGAAGGUUGUUUUUUUUCCCCCUGACUUUUUACGCUGACAUCAGGACUUUGCUGCACUUUCAAUGAUGUUUUGGAAAUAAAACAUGAUCUUCAAACCUC